GCAAGACAAGUAUCUUUGUCUGUAUAUCUGCCCAUCCAGUCACUCCUUUGCUAUAAACACUGCAAUGAGAAGUGAUUUCUCUCUCUCUGUUUGGGCAGAUCUGUUGGACUGUGGCCCUCAUGUUGCAGGGCACUGCUGAUGUUCCAGCUGCCUAUAUCCAGAGAGAACCAGUAAAAGUAAAUCAGAACAUAAGAGGAGAGGCAGAUGGGAGAAAGGACAGACGGGAAGCCAUAGAGAGGACUGGGCAGCAGCUAAGACCACUCUGGUACAGCACUCUUAAAAAAUGGUAACCCGUGAGUGCAUCUCUGUUCAUGUUGGCCAGGCUGGAGUUCAGAUUGGUAAUGCAUGUUGGGAACUCUUCUGUCUGGAACAUGGCAUUCAGCCAGAUGGCACCUUCAAGAAUCAGCCCAACAAAAUCAACAACGAUGACUCCUUUAAUACAUUUUUCAGUGAAACAGUCACAGAAAAGCAUGUGCCACGGGCUGUCAUGGUGGACUUGGAACCGACAGUAGUAGAUGAAGUGCGGGCUGGUGCCUACCGGCAGCUUUUCCAUCCAGAACAGCUGAUCACUGGAAAGGAGGAUGCAGCCAAUAACUAUGCCCGUGGUCACUACACCAUUGGUAAAGAAAGCAUUGAUCUGGUGCUUGAUCGUAUCCGUAAGCUGACAGAUGCCUGUUCUGGGCUACAGGGAUUCCUGAUUUUCCACAGCUUUGGUGGGGGCACUGGCUCUGGCUUUACCUCCUUGUUGAUGGAACGCCUCUCCCUGGAUUAUGGCAAGAAGUCCAAACUGGAGUUUGCCAUCUACCCAGCCCCUCAAGUCUCCACUGCUGUAGUGGAGCCGUACAACUCCAUCCUGACCACUCACACCACCCUGGAGCAUUCAGACUGCGCCUUCAUGGUGGACAAUGAAGCCAUCUAUGACAUCUGCCGUCGCAACUUGGACAUUGAGCGCCCCACUUACACCAACCUUAACCGUCUCAUCAGCCAGAUAGUCUCAUCAAUCACUGCCUCUCUGCGCUUCGAUGGUGCCCUCAAUGUGGAUCUGACAGAGUUUCAGACCAACUUGGUGCCUUACCCUCGCAUCCACUUCCCCCUGGUGACAUAUGCACCCAUCAUCUCCUCCGAGAGAGCUUACCACGAGCAGCUGUCAGUGGCAGAAAUCACCAGUUCCUGCUUUGAACCCAACAACCAGAUGGUGAAGUGUGAUCCACGUCAUGGAAAAUACAUGGCCUGCUGCAUGCUGUACCGCGGUGACGUGGUCCCCAAAGAUGUCAACGUAGCUAUUGCUGCCAUCAAGACCAAGAGAACUAUCCAGUUUGUGGACUGGUGUCCAACAGGCUUCAAGGUUGGCAUCAAUUACCAGCCUCCUACAGUAGUUCCUGGGGGAGACCUGGCCCAGGUGCAACGUGCCGUCUGUAUGCUAAGCAACACCACAGCCAUCGCUGAGGCCUGGGCCAGGCUGGACCACAAGUUUGAUCUGAUGUAUGCCAAGAGGGCAUUUGUGCACUGGUAUGUUGGUGAAGGCAUGGAGGAAGGGGAGUUUGCAGAGGCCCGAGAGGACUUGGCUGCACUGGAGAAGGACUACGAGGAAGUGGGAACUGACUCAUUUGAAGAAGAAAAUGACGGGGAGGAAUUUUAAAAUACACUGUGUUAUUCAAUAGCACCGGAUUGUCUCUGUCUUUCUUUACUGCAUGUGUCUGCAUUCCUGUCUGGUACCUUCUCCAUGUGUGUAAUAUAUAGCGAAUGAAGAUCAGAAAGGCCCUCAAAACACAGGAAAGCUAUCAUGUUUGGUAUGACCACCUAAUCCUAAUAAUGCCUGAUCCUCACUCAAUACAAGGGAAUGUAACAAGCAGUAGAUUCUCUGCCAGUCCACCUUGGGAGAAUUUUCUUUUCCAAUCCCAAAUGUAAUUAGCAAUUUAACCUUCUGCAUACAAACUAAAGUCACCAUAACUGAGCAUCCAAUUCCAGUUUUACAAGCCUUCGUCGAGUCACAAGAAAAAUAGCAUAGACCUCACAUUUGACCUACCGCUACCUUUUGCUCCUGGGGAUAUCAGGGAACAAUGUAAGUGGAUAACUGAGUCCUCCUUUGCUCUGUGGGACACACUGUCUCAUCGAUCUCCACCUGAGGGAUCCAAAUGGGAUGUGUCUGUUCUUUUGUCCUGUGAAACAUCCAUUUCUGAUAUAUGUGUGGAAUUUCCUUAGAAAUGUUACAGCAAUAGGAAACCUAGUGCAUAUUUUUGGUAAAAGUUUGUACUUUCUUGUGAAAGAAAGAAUCAGUUGUUGCUGGGUGCAAAAAUC